AUGGAUAUUUAUUCUGCUCUUUGUCCUCUGUUAUGGUCAUCCAGGGUCCUUGGUUUGGCUCCCAUAUCCAUAAAGCGAGGAUCUAAAUUACAUCAACUUCAAUCUUCAUUCAAGAUAUUACUCUACAGCGUCUUCAUGGCAGCAGUCACAAUGACACUGUCUCCUCCAAACAGAACAUCCCACAACACAUACUACAUGUAUUGUUCUCUGUACGUAUGUUUGCUGAACGCGAUCCAAAUCAUUGGUACAGUUGCAGCAUUUGCAUUCACAGCUGAAGAGGCCAACCGUACAGGAGUAAUUGUCCACAGUGUACUAACAGAAAUGUCGCAGUCAUUCAAGAAAAGAGAGUUGAAGGAGUUCUCUCUGCAGCUGUUGCACCGUAAGCUACAGUUCACGGCUUGCGAUUUCUUCCCACUAGACUUCACUCUACUCCAUUCGAUGAUUGGAGCUGUUACUACGUACCUGGUAAUUGUGACCCAGCUCCAGCUCUCAAAUCCAAACGGGAUAUUUUAAAUUUGAUAAUAGUAUCAGUGACAGCUCAAGUUUAGUGACACUUAUGACGCCUACCGGCGUGUGAUAUAGGCUCUGAACUAUACACAGAUGAUAUACACGUACACUAUAUGAGAUGGAACUGAAGACAUAUGAACGAAUGCAGUGUAUUCCAUCUGUUUAUAAAAUGUGAAAACAACGGAAGCACACAUUACAGCAUGAUAUAUACAGACAUUAAUUCCUGCAGUAAUCUUCAUUUGCCAGACAAACUCGUCAUGAGAGAAGGCAUGGCUUCCAAGCAAAAGGGAUUGACUUGGACACUGAUUGUAGUGUCGGAGAUACAAAGGCAACGUCUCAAGGGCGACCAAUA